AUGGCGGAAAGUGUUCCGCCGUGGGGCAGCCUACCAGGCCCUCCCAGAAACUCAAAUCAAAGGUCGCUCCCAAUCUGGAUGGACCCGCAAAGAAUUCACGGUGACGUUCAGUUUCUAUUGAUGAAACCCGCAAAUGCCAAUACCAAGCUUCCAUCCAACCCAUUCAUCAUUGCGAAAUCCAUCGAUGCUGCCGCUGGUAGAAUUGAUGGCGCAAAUGCCAUUGACGCAGGGAAGAAUUACCUAUUACGAGUCCGAAACCCCAAACAGUCGGAAAAACUCCAGCAACUCAAUAAACUAAUCGACGGGACACCUGUUACCGUACAAAUCCACCCCACUUUAAAUACCUGCCAAUGUGUGGUGACCUGCCGAGAAGUGUCGGAUCUAUCCGAUGACGAUCUUGCAAAGGCGCUGGAAGACGAGGGCGUUAUAAAAGCCUACCGUUUUGUGAAAAAAUUCCAAGGAAAAUCUUUUCCGUCGGACUCCAUCGUGCUGACCAUAAGAGGAACCGUUCCACCCACCCAUAUUCGCUUCGGUUAUCUGCGAAUCGCAACUAGGCCGUACUACUCCCGUCCCAUGCUCUGCCAGAACUGCGGCAACUUUGGCCAUACCAAAGCCAAAUGCACAAACGAAACAAUCUGCCAGGUCUGCGGGGAAAGUCCUUCGCACUCCGAUUGCACCAACCAACCUCACUGCAAUAACUGUGGUGGCCCCCAUCCAACAACAAACCGCAGCUGUCCAAUCAACAAACAGGAGCAGGAAAUAAUUCGUAUUAGGACCGACCUUGGCAUCAGCCAUUCAGAAGCCACCAGACAGUUCAAGUCCCGAAUGGAAGCAGCCAAAAAUUCUACCUUACAACUUCGCCUGAAUAAAGCUCAAUCAAUUCCUGAUGACAAAGACCGCAAGAUACAACAACUCGAAAGACAAAUAGCCGAGCUCGGAAAGAUAAACUCCCAAGAAACCAUCUUCAAACUCGAAAAACAGGUCACCGAAUUGAUAGAACAGAACUCCAAGCUGGUAGCCCGUAUCAUGGCCAUGAAGAAGGAACACAACCCCGUAGUAGAUGAGGAAGACGAUGAUGACACACUUACUGAAACCUGCAGCAACCCAUUAAUGGACACUUCAUUUGAAAUCAACAAUCCACAAACAACUCCAAAACGCGGCCGAACGAACACACCUCCUGAUGACAACCCAGACCUGGAUGAUAACUGUCCAACAAUGAAGAAAAUGAAUAUGAACCGAAAUACACCUUCUCCACCCAUCGAGACCAACGAUCGAACCAGGUAUCCCCAACAGCCAAUUCCAUCUACAACACAAAACCCCGCCCCCUCUUACCACCCAUCAUCACGUCGGUAA